GCGGAGCUGUGACUAGUGGUGCUCACGAGUUCAGUGGGGAAAUUAAGACGUCGUCCAUACGACGUUUGGGUCUCGUAUAUUUGUUACCUUUUUCCCCCCCUUAGGUUGCUGUUUUGUUAGUGUUUGUUUUGUUCUUUAUAGUGCUUCAAUUAAGUCUGCUUUCGUAAGAUGUUGGACUUUUUUGCCAUUUUCAGUAAAGGGGGUAUAGUUUUGUGGUAUUUUCAGGGGGCUGGCGUAACUGAAUCUUUUACAGGCCCUGUAAACGCUCUCAUCCGCUCAGUUAUACUUCAGGAGCGUGCUGGGAACAGUCCAUUCUGCCAUAAUGCCUUGAAUCUUAAAUACAAGCUGGACAAUGAAUUUGAGCUUGUAUUUGUGGUUGGUUUUCAGAAAAUUCUGACACUAACAUAUGUGGACAAAUUAAUAGAUGAUGUCCAGCUUUACUUCAGAGAUCGUUAUAAAAAUGAGCUGGAACAGCAGGAUGCCCUGAAGUUCUUGACGAAUUGUUUUAAGUUUGAUGAAGACUUUUACAGGCUUUUGCGCUUGGUGGAGGCUGAAAGCAUAGCUAAACCCCAAAAGGCCAUGAAGACUUACAGUGAAUCCCAGAAAUCUCAAAAAACUGUGAAAUCCAUGAUUGAGACAAAAAACGGAGACAAAAGCAGUGAGUCUAGUGCCAAGAAGAAUAAGCAUAACAAGAAAGCAGGAGGAGGGGAACAAUUUGAGUCUUCUCAGGUCAGCUCUAAGAAGCCAGUGGAGAAUAAAAAUCAGGGUCUGAGCCAGGAGGAGAGAAUUCAGAAAAAUGUUGCUGAGUUCAUACGCAGACAAGCAGGUGGACGAACAGAAAAGACAAAUAAAUCUCCCAAACCUCAGAAGCCAAAGGGGAAGGAAAAAAGAGUUUGGGAAAUGGGUGGUACAAGCACCAAAGACCUAGACUACAGUGGAACCAAUAAGAACUUAUUUAAUCACCAAUCGCAAGAUGAGUUCUCAGUUGAAACACAAAUCCAAGUGGGCUCUAUGAAGGGUGACCUGCGAGAUGUGGACUAUGAUUCUUCAGAGGAUUUGGAGGCGGAAGAGGAAGAACAGAAAGACAUGUCACUACCUAUUGAUUUUAGCAAAAAAGGAGCUACAAAGGGUGGCAUUGGUGGUAUUUUUGGAGUGCUGAAAGGUCUGGUUGGCUCAAAGAUCCUGACUCGGCAAGAUAUGGAACCUGUUUUGGAGAAGAUGAAAGACCACCUAAUUGCUAAGAAUGUAGCAGCUGACAUUGCCUCAAAACUUUGUGAUUCUGUCGCGAGAAAACUGGAAGGCAAGGUCAUGGGAACUUUCUCCACUGUGGCAUCUAUGGUGAAGCAGGCUCUGCAAGAUGCUCUGGUGCAAAUCCUGCAGCCAAAGCGAAGAGUGGACAUCCUGAGAGACGUACUUGAGGCACAGACUCAGCACAAACCCUUCGUCAUUACUUUCUGUGGGGUUAAUGGGGUCGGCAAGUCCACCAACCUUGCCAAGAUCUCAUACUGGCUGAUUGAGAAUGGCUUCUCAGUCCUGAUUGCUGCAUGCGACACAUUUCGUGCGGGUGCAGUGGAACAGUUGAGGACCCACCAACAACGACUGAAUUCGCUACACCCACCACAGCAACAUGGACGCCCCGUCAUUCAGCUUUUUGAAAGGGGUUAUGGCAAGGACGCUGCCGGCAUUGCAAUGGAAGCUAUUGCUUAUGCCCGUAAUCAGGGGUUUGAUGUUGUGCUGGUAGACACAGCUGGCCGCAUGCAGGAUAAUGCUCCACUAAUGACUGCUCUGGCUAAGCUUAUUGCGGUCAAUACUCCAGAUUUGGUGCUGUUUGUAGGAGAGGCUUUAGUGGGCAAUGAGGCUGUGGAUCAGCUGGUUAAGUUUAACCAGGCUCUGGCUGAUCAUUCCAUGUCUGAUAAUCCAAGACUCAUAGAUGGCAUAGUUCUCACCAAGUUUGACACUAUUGAUGAUAAGGUUGGUGCUGCAAUCUCCAUGACCUACAUCACAAGUCAGCCCAUUGUGUUUGUGGGUACAGGCCAAACCUAUAAUGAUCUCCGCAGCCUCAAUGUUAGAGCUGUCGUGAAUGCACUCAUGAAGGCUUGAGUACUGUGCAGAAGAAUGUGCCUAAAUGUCUUUAAUUGGAUGUGGUUAAGGGUUGACCAGCCAAUUGCCACCACUUAUAGUGUUAAAGUCUUCAGAAAUAUAAAAGGUUGAAUAUCUUGUCUUACUAUAAAUCAUAAAAAUCCCUGUUUCAUCAGAUAUCUUUUGUAAACGUAAUUUAAGUUUGAAAUUUAAAAAAUAAAACGUCUUCAAGAUGUUGGGGGUACAGAAUACUAGUGCAUUCCAGAACCAGGCCUAGUACCAGUGCUUAUAAAAUACUCAACAUGGCUAAUGUCUGCUUGGCAUGUCUGUACUAAUGUGAGUAAUACAUCAAAGCACAAAGAUUUUCAUAAUAUUUCAUCCUGGGAGAUCUUGUUGAUGUUAAUUGUUGUUGCUCCCUUUGCAAAACCCCUGUUGCUGGUAAACUGUUGCCCAAAGAUAAAUCUCAAAUACAAUAAAGGAAUUCUACAAGUU